AUGAUGAUGAUGAUGUGCCGUGUGAUGUGUGUGUUGGCCGUUGUGCUGUGCUGUGCCUGCGGGUAUACCAUGACGGCUGCUGCUGCUGUUGAUAAUGACAGUCCCAGUGGCCGUGGUGUAUCCCGUGGGGCUGUGGAGGUGUCGUGCGGGGCCGGCGGUGCGCUGCGUGUACGCCCCGCUGCUGAGAGCGAGUGGCUUACAUGCGGUGCGGGCAGCCGUGUGUCUGCAUGUGGGAAGUACGCAGACCUCUGCCGCCAGCGUACCGCAAGAGCAACAACAACCAUUGCUACUACUACUACUACUAAUGGACAACCAAAGGCGGUGAUGGCAAUAUUGGACGAUGUUGUGUACAGUACGUAUACAAACAACCUAACAGACGGUGAGGGAACUGAAUUGUUGGGAUAUAAAGAAUCCUCUGUAAGGAACAAUUCUGAAAGUAACAGUGGAGUUGAAAGUCAAGUACAGGCGUCCGAAGCUGUUACACAACAUGGUAGAGUUCCUGAAGAGUUGUCUGGUCAUAACACUGUUUCUCCUGGUCAUGGCGUUUCUUAA